GUUCCAAACUAAUACUGCUACCACCUCAGACUUUUCAUAAUGUUUUUCUAUUUUAAUUUGUAUUGUACAGUAGCCUGAAUGCCUUGGAUGAAGGACACAGACAUGUUAUAAAUACAAUUAUAUGAUUGAUUUGAUUCUAGUUGAGUUAAAGGCUUGGAUUCCAAAAUAACAGUAAAAAAUUAGACAUUUUCUUUUAACAGGUCCUGAAGUGUAUAGAAUAUCUUUUGUAUUUCCCAAUAAUGACAAGUAUGAUGGUGAGUGUAUCAGAACACCUGAUGGUGCUCUGGUGAGGCAUGGAGAUGGAAUUCAUACCACACCCAAUGGAAUUAUUUACACAGGAACCUGGAAAAAUGAUAAGAUGAAUGGCACUGGAAGGCUCGAGCAUCCUUCAGGGGCAGUUUAUGAAGGCGAGUUCAAGGACAACAUGUUUCAUGGACUAGGAACCUAUUUGUUUCCAAAUGGAGCAAAGUACAUUGGAAAUUUCAAUGAAAACAAGCUGGAAGGUGAAGGAGAAUUUAUAGAUACACAAGGCCUGGAAUGGAGUGGCACAUUUCAUUAUACAGCAGCACCGGGACUGAAGCUUAAGCUGGAAAUGUAGCUAUUUUGCCCUGAAUACUGUUCUGACGCUGCCUUUGGACUUAAUCGCUGUAACAAAGGGUUUCCACAGCUGCUGAUUUCUAACAUAUUUAGUUGAAAUAAUUUCCCAUGCUGUGUACUGUAAAUAAAAUUAACCAA